CUCUUUUAGAGAAAGGUUCCACCGGAGCUGUCGAUAGUGAAGAGUUUCAUUAGCUCACGACUUUCUCAAUAGGCCAUGCUAUUGCUGUCUCAAGGGAAAGGGCAGGCUUAGAGUAUUGCACCCCAAGCCUACUGCCAGCAAUCACCACCCCCCAUGUCCAGGGCAUUAGAUAAGGACGUUGCAGCCUCGUUAGGCACCAGCAGCGCUGCGGCUGCGUAUGAGGCCAUAUCUCAGGCUUUAGAUCCAAGGGGGGCUGAUGGGCUUCUAGAGAUCGAGAUCCUAGGGAGACGCCAUGAGAUGCCACCGGGGACUCAUGUGCUCAGAGAUGCAGCUUGUUUGGGGGUUUCGAAAGUUAGCCUCGUCCAGGCCUUCAUUGUCGCCCGCCAAAUAUUGAAGGCAGAGAUGGAGAAGGCAGGACAAGCGCCGGACGAGCAACUUUCGGCUGCGACAGCCGUGAUCCUCCUCAUGGAUCCAGAGCACCUCACAGCAGCCAACACUCGGAAGCGACUGAUUCAAACGGCGCUGUCGGGCUCGGGAGCACAUGAGAUAGAGCAUCGUCUGCGGAUGGAAAGACUAGUUAUCGACAGUCUGCUCACCAGCCCAUUGCAUCGGCACACAAAAUCCCCAACACUUUGGAGUCACCGGCGCUGGCUUGUCAGCCUCUACUGCUCACUGAACUUGUCAGUGGACGUGCUCGGUGACGUUGUCGAGAUCAUCACCGUUGCCGGAGAGAGACAUCCACGCAACUACUAUGCAUGGUCUCACGCUAGAUGGCUCAUGACUUUGAAUGUAACGGUUCACCAGGAAAGGCUCCUGCUCGUUAUCAAGGAUUGGUGUUUGAGACACCAUAGCGAUAUCUCGGGGUGGUCAUUCCUGUCCUUUCUGCUCUCAAAGCAUGUUCCCUCGGGGGCAACCGCUACCUCAAAUGUGUUUGGAGAAGUUCUGAGCCUAGCCACCAACCUACACUGGACCAAUGAAUCUGUCUGGGUGUUUCUACAGACACUGGCAGCCUCGAGUGGCGUGGGAGGUAGCGAGUACGCUGAAUUUCAGACAGCCUGCGAGCACGCUAUUCAAGCUACCCAAGACUCGGCGGACCGGGCAAGGCUGGAGGCUUCUCUAUCAUGGUGCGAGACAUAUCGAGCCAAAGCUUGAGGGCGCUGGAGGCCCAGCCCGUUUGCUCAAGACCCCUCGCCUUGUAUAUCAACAAAUAAUGGACAGAACAUCAGGGGCUGCUAUAUUAACAUGCAACUUCGUUGGUGAUAACAGCUCUCGCCGUUUCUACGGUGGCUGAAACCGCAUCAUGCACGCAUCUCUAAAAGGCGGCGGGAAGGCGCUUUUGGAGGCGAC